UUCCUUCCUACUCUGUGUUAUUCUUGUUACAGUGGUGCCGAAACCCGGGAUGGAAGGAAGCAGGAGUGCCGCGGCCGGUGGGAUGAAUCCGCCGACCUCGCCGUUUGCGGAGGUGAUUACGUCCCUCGCGGUCCUCCACCAGGAACAACACCGGGCCCUGUUACAGCUGCGGGAGGACCAGGACAGCCGGUUCCAGGCGAUCCUGCGGGCUCAACAGGAGGACCGCGAGGCGUUCCGGAGCUGGAUGCACCGGGGGGCUCAAGGGGGAGGUACCAGCGGACCAGCCCCACCGAUCCAUCUGAUCCUGCAGAAGAUGGGCCCGCACGACGAUCCCGAGGCGUUCCUGGAACUCUACGAGCGGACCGCCGAGUCGAGUGAAUGGCCAAGGGACCAGUGGGCCCUCCGGUUGAUACCCCUUCUCUCCGGUGAGGCGCAAGUGGCGGCCCAACAACUUCCCCCAGAGAGCCUCCUGGUGUAUGCGGAGCUGAAGAAGGCGAUCCUGCAGCGGGUCGGCCGGAGCCCAGAGCAACACCGACAGCGCUUCCGGUCGCUGGGGUUGGCAGAAGCCGGUCGGCCCUACCUGCUAGCUCAGCAGCUCCGGGACUCCUGCCGGAAAUGGCUGGUGGCUGAGGGAAGCGGCGUCGGGGACAUCAUCGACAAGGUGGUACUGGAACAGUUCAUCACCUGCCUGCCCCGGAAGACGGCGGGGUGGGUCCAGUGCCACCGGCCGGCGUCGCUGGACUCAGCCAUCCAGUUGGCGGAGGAUCACCUGGUCGCGUGCCCUGGAAUCGGGGAGUCUCUCCCCGCAGUGUCUCUCUCCGCACCUCGCACCCUACCACCACCAACGAACCGGCCGGAAGAGGCCCUCCUCGGGGUCGAGGAGGGUAUGGAUCGGGACUGA